AUGUCGACUUCGCUAUUUCCUGCACCAGUUCCACGACGCAAGUACCCUGUGGAAUUUAAAGCUGGCAAACUUAAGCGAGAGGGAACAUCGAAUACAUUAAAAGCGGACGAGAGGAAAGGGUGUGUUGGCGAUGACUCAUUGAUGCAUUUUUAUUGGAAAGACAGAAAAACUGGAACUGUGGAAGAUGAUUUAAUAGUGUUCCCUGAAGAAGCAGAAUUUAUUCGUGUAGAACAAUGUACCACUGGUCGAGUUUAUUUAUUCAAUUUUAAAUCAUCAUCUCAAAAAUUGUUCUUUUGGAUGCAAGAUGCAAAAGAUGAUAAAGAUGAAGAGAAUGUUAAUAAGGUGAAUAGAUUGCUUAAUGGAUUGACUGAAAGUAGGCAACAAGGUACUAGUAGCACCGGUCCACUGGGUAGUCCUUUUCGUACAAUGGAUGACUUAUCCGGAUUUGAAGUGGAUCAGGAACAGAUAUUGCAAUUACUUCAGGGACAUAGUGCCUUCGGUGAACCACAAUCGACCACAGCUGCAACUUCAGAGGCUGGCUCUGGGGCACAAACAUCUGAAAACAUGCUUACUCCUGAGCAGCUAGGUAAUUUGAGAAAUAUUUUGUCCGAAAUACAGGUUCCAGAUGUGAAUCUUAUUGAUGUUAUCACACCCUCUUAUAUCAGCCCAUUAUUAAACGACCCUGAAAUAGCAACACCUGAGGAAUUACGAGAAGUUAUUCAAAGCCCACAAUUUGCUCAAGCUUUGCAGUCUUUAAGCAUUGCUUUACAAUCAGGACAGUUGGGUCCCCUCCUUACUCAAUUAGGCCUUGAUCCAUCAGCAGGGAGAGUUGAAGCGUUUCUUCGUGCAAUUCAAGAGCAGGUGUCUAGGCAACGAAGAAAUAACCCUGAAGAGGAUAAUGCCGAGGACCAAGGUGGCGAUCAAGAACGCCUUAAUGAAUUAGAGGCCAUAAAAACUAAACUUGAUAUUUCAUUUGAUUUGGUUUCCUCUGUAGUUGACUCUUGGUUACCACCACUUGACCCUGGUGAAAAGGAGAAAGAAGAGGAGGAAGAGCGAAAACAAGAAAACCAAUUAACAAAAUCUAUACAAGAAUUACAUGCAACGAGGUGA